ACGGCGGCGGCCUGGCCGGCAGCAUGGCGCAGAUGUCGCUGCAGCCGCAGCCGCAGGCGCAGCGGCCGGCGGCGCAGAACGUGCUGACGGCGGGCUUCAACCGCAUCUGGGGCACCGAGUCCGUCGACCUGAUGCAGCAGCGGCACAUCUUGCCGCCGACGCGGCUGGAGCCGCCCAAGGUCGUCCUGCCCCAGGAGCACCUCAACAACAGCAACUGCAGCCCCGACAUCUUCCGCUCCACGCUGACCCGCGUGCCGGAGACGGCCAGCAUCCUGCAGAAGUCGCGCCUGCCCUUCGGCAUCGUCAUCCACCCGUUCAAGGACCUGCCGUCGCUGCCGGUGAUCCAGUGCAACACGAUCGUGCGCUGCCGCUCCUGUCGCACCUACAUCAACCCGUUCGUCUACUUCAUCGACCAGCGACGUUGGAAGUGCAACCUCUGCUACCGCGCCAACGACCUGCCCGAGGAGUUCCAGUACGACCCGGUCAGCAAGACGUACGGCGACCCGAGCCGGCGGCCCGAGUGCAAGUCGUCCACCAUCGAGUUCAUCGCGCCCUCCGAGUACAUGGUGCGUCCGCCGCAGCCCGCCUGCUACCUGUUCGUGCUGGACGUGUCGCACGCGGCGCUGGAGACGGGCUACCUGCGCGUGUUCUGCGACACGCUGCUGGACGAGCUGGAGCGACUGCCGGGAGACUCCCGCACACAGAUCGGCUUCAUCACCUACGACGAGAGCGUGCACUUUUACGACCUGUCGGAGGGCCUCACACAGCCGCGCAUGAUGGUGGUCGGCGACGUGGAAGACGUGUUCGUGCCGUCUCCGGACGGGCUGCUGGUGAACCUGGCCAGCUCGCGCGACCUGGUGCAGGACCUGCUCACCCAGCUGCCGGACUGGUUCGCCGGCUCGCACAGCACCGGCAGCUGCCUGGGCGUCGCCCUGCAGGCCGCCUACAAGCUGGUGUACCCGGUCGGAGGUCGUAUCACAGCCGUGCUGGCGUCGCUGCCGUCGCGCGGGCCGGGCGCGCUGGUGCCGCGCGAGGACCCCAACAACAGGGCCGGCAAGAGCAGCCCUCACCUGGGCCCGGCCACCGACUUCUACAAGAAGCUGGCGCUCGAGUGCUCGUCCCAACAGGUGGCCGUCGAUCUGUUCUCUGUGGCUGGAGCCUACACCGACCUGGCCACGCUCUCCGGCGUGAGCCAGUUCUCCGGCGGCUGCCUGCACUUCUAUCCGGGCGUGCACACCGUGCACAACCCGGCGCAGACGGAGGCGCUGGAGCGCGGCCUGCGCCGCUACCUGACGCGCAAGAUCGGCUUCGAGGCCGUCAUGCGCAUACGCUGCACUCGGGGCCUGGCGAUGCACACGUUCCACGGCAAUUUCUUCGUGCGCUCGACGGACCUGCUGUCGCUGCCGAACGUGAACCCGGACGCCGGGUUCGGCAUCCAGGUGUCGGUGGAGGAGGCGCUCAGCGACACGCACACGGCCUGCUUCCAGGCCGCCCUGCUCUACACAUCCAGCAAGGGGGAGCGACGUAUCCGCGUACACACGCUCUGCCUGCGGGUGACGCCCAACGUGCACGAGGUCAUCCACGGCGCCGACCAGGAGGCCGUCGUCAGCCUGCUCGCCAAGAUGGCUGUGGACCGCUGCCUGGCGUCGUCUCUGCCGGACGCGCGCGAGGCCAUGGUCAACUCGGUGCUGGACGCGCUCGGGGCGUACCGCGCCACGCUGAGCUCCCCCGGCGCCGGGCUGGACGCGCCGCUGCCGCUCCGGCUGCUGCCGCUCUUCACGCUGGCCCUGCUCAAGCACCCGGCCUUCAGGUCGGGUCUGAGCACCAAGCUGGACGAACGCUCGUACGCCAUGAGCCAGCUCAAGUGUCUGCCGCUGAGUCAGCUGAUGACGUCCGUCUACCCGGACCUCUACGCCGUCCACCUGCUCAGCGACGAGGGUGCCAUCGAGCAGGACGAGCUGCUGAUCCCGCAGCCGCCGCGGCUGCAGCUGUCCUCCGAGUUCGUCGACUCGUCGGGCGUGUACCUGCUCGACUGUCUGGACACCAUGUACAUCCUGGUGGGCAGCCGAGUGGAGCAGCGCUACCUGCGCGCCGCCUUCGGCUUCGACAUCGCCGCGCAGAUGCCGCUGGACAUGGUGGAACUACCGGAGCUGGAGACGGACGACAGUCGCCGUCUGAGGAGUUUCGUCACCUUCCUGCAGGCCACGCGCUCAUUCUGUGCGGUGCUCCACAUCUUCAGGGAGGACAGCAAGCUGCGACACCAGUUCAUGGCUCGUCUGGUCGAGGACCGCGCCGAGUCGGCCUUCUCGUACGUCGAGUUUCUGCAGCACCUCAAGGCCAAGAUCAGAUGAGCCAUCCCAGCGCGCGCCUGACGAGACGGCGUCG